AGUGUUUCAGAAACUGCUGAUCUACUGGGAUUUUCACACACAACUAUCUCUAGAGUUUACAGAGAAUGGUCAGAAAAAGAGAAAAUGUCCAGUGAACAGCAGUUCAGUGGGUGGAAAAGCUGCCGGCAACUGCAUGUUUGGAGUCACUAUCUCGCUGCAGGAUGAAACUCCUGACCAAAGUUGCAUACAGAGAAUAACUUGAGCUUAAUGGGUGGAUGAGAUCAGCCUCUCAACCCUGUCAGACUUAGUUCAACAUUUUUUUAUGAAUUAAAAACAGUUUUGUGAGCAACAAUACAAAUGCAAAGCAAAUACAGUACUCUAUCAACUUCCUGGUUACUAUUAUAUUUGAGCUGUUUCCUAGAACACUCUUAUUGAGAAAUGCCUACUUCACUUUUUUUGUUUAAACUAUGAAUUGAUGUUAAUCAGUCUGCAUGUUGAGAAGCAUGGUGACUAAUUCACCCACCUUGACAUGAACACCCAUAUUAAAAUCUUGCCUUAAAACACAUCAUGGAUUAAUAUAAAAUAAUUUCUUGAUGCUUUUUCUCGGUGUUCUAAUGAAUCAUUGUGCAAGGAUUCAAAACAGGUUGUUUUUUUGGACGGUGCAACUGUUGUGAUCCUUCUGUGGUGGGCUGCAAUAACCACACACCAGAAAUCCUUCAUAAAAACCCACACACAUUUUUUUUUUUUUUUUUUUUUGCAUCCUGUUUUUACAAGACUAAAUGUCAAACUCGUUCAUGUAUAGGAACUACCAUCCUCUAUUUGUCUUAAAAAGACACCCAAUAGGGGUUGAGGCACUUGUUUAAAAAUAAUUUACAUAUAAUUAACAGUUAAAGGAAAAUAGACAAACCUUGUGCAUCAGUGAGUAUUGAUACUUCCACACUGUAAUAAUUGAAUAUUUAAACUGGUAAAAACCCACAAAGAGGCAGGUAUAUUUCGGUUUUCUACCUACUGCCUUAUAGUUUUUCAAAUAUGUUCACAAUAGAUAUAUUAUUAUAAACCGCAGGUCAGCAUGUGACGUGGAACAAGUUCUUUUUUUUUUUUUACCAGUAAACACUAAUGUUUUCUAGAAAAGGAGGUUGGGUCACACAGGAAGGCGUAGUGAGUCAUUUUGCUGAAUGUAACCUGUAGACACUUCAACCAUUUCAUCCUUAUCUACUUUAGAGGCUGGUAGCUGAUGCAACCGCUGAUAUUUUCACCACUAAACGACUGCUCUGACGCUCUUUUUACAGUAGAAAUGACAUCCACAGCUUGAGGGCAGAUCCUGUGUGGCUGUACAGACAGGGUCAGAAGAACUGGGCAGUGAGUGAUGCUCUUCAGUGGGUGCAACUGGAAACCAAAAUCCCCGCUGGGUUCAUAAUCACCCAAGAAGAUCACAAACGACAGAAAUGGAGAAAACCCAAGACAUCCUGUCCUUGUUGCUUCUUCUCUCUGUGUUUCAAAUCGGGAGUACUUCAAAUUGUUCCCCUCAUCCAGAUAAUACGGACUUAAACUGCUACAGUGACUAUGACAGUAUCAUCACAUGUAUGUGGAACAGCACAUCUGCAUCCAAACACAAGGACUCUGUUUGUAGAAUUGACACCAAGUCACCCACCUCAUCAGAAUUUAAGGCAUCCUGUGUCUUGGAGCCUGUAGAUUUGACCAAACCGGAUAUAAAGAAGUGCUCCAUGGUUUUCACGAGAAGCUACUCUUUUACCCCAUUGGAGGUAUACUAUAUCAAACUAAACUGCAGUUCCCUGAGUAAAAUUCAGACAAAAAUACACAAGCCAUCCUGCCACGUAAAAGUGAAGGCUCCAGGGAAACCAUCCAUCAAUUCGACGACAGUGUCCUGGUUAGCUCACGUUCCAGAGCAUGCCCUGCUUAACAAAUUUACCACACAGCUGGAGUGGAAACAGCAGGAUCAGUCCUGGAGUGACCCCCUUGUGAAGAAGACAGAACUGAAUUGUGAGCAGAGCUGUGAAGGCCAGCUGGACCCUGAGAUGUUGACACAGGGGGAAACUUAUGAAGCACGGGUUCGUGUGCGAGCCGCCGAAGAAAGUAUAGAAGGAAUUUGGAGUGACUGGAGCCCAACUCUAACCUGGGUGUCGAGUGAGGGAAGACCUAAACCUCCACCAGGAGUAUCUAUGGCUGUUUGGAACAUAACCAUAGCAGGAGCUGUGGCGUUUGUCUUGAUCUCUAUUGGCGUUUUUCUGAGUAAAGAAAAAACCGUCUGGAUCUACGUUGUGAAGAAGAUAACAGGUCCACCAGUGCCAAAUCCCUCAAAAUCUACUUCUAUCCAUAAAUGGUCAAAUCUGCUCUUCACUAGUGAAUCCUUUGACUCUUGUUUAAAGGAGGAAAUUGCCUCCUUGCAGUUAAUCCCCACUAUUGAUGCUGUCCAGGUCAUCAGACCAGAAGAGAAACUCCUUAAAGAGAAUAUCAAGUAUGAGUCCGGCAGCUCUGGCUUCUCCAAUCCAAGUUAUUCUGCACUCUGCCCGGCUCCUCUUCCUUUGCUCUCUCAGACGUCCAAUGAUCGGCUACUCUGCCCACCUUCUGGACCCGCACAGGAUCAACAAGAAACAAGAAAAACAGAGACGGAUAACAAAAGAAUAGAAGUAGCGAGAGAGGAAAUCUUGGAGUUGCUUUUGAAGGACAGCAACAUCGUCACGGCAAUGCCGGUUUCCGACUAUGAGAAAGUUGAGCAUCUCAGGCAGCAGAGUGUGGAUUCCGGCACGUGCUGCUGUGAAGUGGUCAGUCCAAAAGAUGCAGAGGCUGACAGCUUCACUUUGAUGGAUGGCCUCAAAGAGGGAACUCUACUCAAGAAGGAAUGGGACAAAGGGAAGGACGGAACCAUCGACUUUCACGAGCUGUUCGGAAGCAGCAAAAGUGAUUCUGGCAAGCCCUCCAUUCAAGUUUGUUUUGAAUACGAGCGAGUCUCGACGCCCCACGCAGACUCGCCUGAACUCCCCAGCCUGGAUUCAGGCCUCAACAGCACAGUAGAGAGUCAAGAGGAGAGCAUGGAGGUUAACGACACGUCAACCCGCUUCCCAUUUCCAUGUUCCUCUCUCUCAUUACCACAGUAUGAUCUGAACUUUUGUGGAUCGGGUUUGAAUCCAGUCUUAGAAUCCCUUUUAAGUCCUGGAAAACUAGACAGUUUCUCUUUGGUCCCAUCCAACAUGACUAUUGAACCAUCUGGUAAUGACUACAUGCCGGUGAGGCAAGAACAGAGCUGAGGAGACAAGAAGACUGAAGUUCUUCAAAUGGCCACUAGAGAGAGGUUUCAGAGGAGAAUAGUUUUUCAUGGACUUCCAUGUUUAAAGACUGACUUUACACCCAAACUAAAUGAAUGUACAGCCUGGUUUCAAUAUUAUAGUCAAUGUUUUUGCUUCAAUUCAUGAUAUCUAUAAGCAGAAUGGAUUUUAUUUUGCUUAAUUUCUGAGGUGUUGAAAGCUUGUUUUUAAUGUAUGUUUAGAGUCAUGUGUGGGCUCAAACAUAACAUUCAUGUUUCAGCUUCAGCUUUUGUUUUACGUUUUAAGAAACAAAUUAGAGAUUAGUGUAUAAACUUUACAGUUUAUAGUGUAUCUCUUUAGUAAAAUCAAAUCAGGUUGAAUUAUUAGUUUGAGUCGAAUUAAAAAAAAAAUUUAAAAAAAAAAGAAAAAGCUGAGCAAAACCAAAAUUAUUUUAGAAACUACAGUUUGUCAGAGAGCGUCGACACAUGCAGACUCAUCCCUUCUUUUCCACCUAUAGAAACAGGCUACUUUUAAUUUUAUCCUCAACUUCUCAAUAUUUACUUCUUAGCUUUGCUUUUAUGAGCAGUGCAGUGAGAUGGAGGUCUUUGAUGCAAAAUGAUGCAAUUUCAAUGAAUGUUUUUGCAUAGAUUUUAAAAAAUAUUUAUCCAACUUCUAAGUGUUAUUAGAGACAUAUUAUCAUAUUAUUAUGGUUUCUGAAUGAAUAUUCUUGUAUGUUGCUUCUGGAGGUUGAAAUAUCUUUCUGUGUGUUGUUGUUUGAUGAAAGCAGUGAAUGUAACACUUGAAUCGAUGUGUCAUGCUGUGAGCGAAAAUAGAUACUAGUUCUCAAUAAAAAACAAUCAAAAAGAAAGUUUUAUUUUUUGUAGUUUUUUUUGCAUUUAGAUGUCAAUUUUUUUAUAUAUAAAGAAAGUUACAUUUCUCUUGGAUCGAUGAUCUGUCUAGGGUGUGGCCUGUCUUUUGCCCUGUGAUAGCUGGGUAGCUAUAGACUGAGUGUGACAUCACCAUAGUGGCAGGCUUAGCAGUUUGGGGGUGCAGGACGAUUAAGAUCGAUUAAGGCCUUCUGCAGGGGUUAUACUAAUUAUUAUUAUUUUUUUUUUAUUAACACAUAAUGUAUGCAAUUUUUUUAAUUUGUCAAGUUUUUAAAUGAUGGAACGAAGCAAUACUGUAUGGAGUGGAAUAAACAAAAUAUUUUCUUUUUCAAAAUUACCCUUAUUUAUUCUUUCUUUUUUUUCUGUCUCUUCUCAUUCAUGACUUUGAUUCUGUUCUUUUUCUUGUUCCGUCUUUCUGACUGCACUUUUGGAGGUGUAGCAACACGUUUUUUGUUUUCUUUUUGCUUUUUCCUUUUUUCGCAGCUGUUUUUUUACCACUUUUUUCUUUUCAACCUCUUGUAAGAAAGAGUCUUUCUUUCAUUGCUAACUUGCUGUUGGUGGAAUAUUCCAUUGCGGCAGAUUUAUGGGGGAGGAUGAAACACUUACAUGAUUAGUCUUAUGCCAUCUCAGAGAUUUAUUUUUUUAUUAUCAUUAUGUGAAAGUCAAAAAUUGAUAGUGCAUGAAAAUUAUUUUGGAAAUAUUUUAAAUAUUCAGCUCGGGGCCCCAAAGUGUUGUGGGGCCCCAGGCAUUUGCCUAUCUUUGCCUAAUGGUAAGUCCACCCCUGCAACACCCAUAGAAAAUGUUUUACUUCUGGCUCCUUUGAAAUGAGGUAAAUUCAAUUGCCCCUUUCUCCACGAUAAGGAUGGCCUCAUGUUGGAACCAGAUGAUGUCAGCAAGCAGUGAUGGGUCCGAGUCCGUCUCAGUUAACGUCCUUAUGACAGCCACUCUUGCUAAUCGGUAGUGAGCUUGUUGUGCGCACUGACUGACAAACUGGGUCCAGUGAAUCUUUCAAUCAAGCUUUUUAUUAUUUAGAAUUGUAUUAAGACAUCCGAUUGGUCAGUUUAUAUCUUGAAUACCCUGCACUACAGAAAAAAA